CCUGCCUGCACAGCAGUACAUUGCGAACAAUCGCAACCCCCGAGCACCGCCGCCAUUCUCUCGCCGCCGCCGCCGCCGCCGCCGCCGCCGUUCUUCACUGCGCGCACACCACAGCGGCCCGCAGUCGCCCGCCUCGCCCUCCUCGCCCGUGUCCCUCCUGGCGCCCGCUGCCGCCCCGAAGAAUGCGCCAUGGCCCUCAGCAGCAACGUCGUCAACUACCUAGUAUGGCGCUACCUGCAGGAGGCGGGCUUCGGCAACGCCGCGCUGCAGCUGUCGCGCUGCUGGCUGCGCGACCCCGAUUCCCUGCCCUUUGCCAAGCACGUCUCCUCGCACGCGCUCGUCCGCAUCCUGCAGGACGGCAUGGAAUUCGACCGCCUGCACGCUAAGGCCUCGAACACGAGCACACAGUACGACUUUGGCACCGACCACGGCCACCCCUACUCGAAGCGCAACGGCGAGCUGCUGACGCUCGACAAGGGCAUCCCCGCCCACCAGCUCGCUGCCGAAGCUGCCAACGGCGCGCCGCCCGACCCCCCGCCCAAGAAGAGCCUCAAGCGCAAGAAGCAGGCCAAGACCAACGGCGUGCCGGCCGAGCCACGCCUGGAGCCGUCGGAGGCAGAGCUCAACGGGGACGCCAUGGAGCUCGACCACAACGGGACCGCCCACGCGGCCACGGGCAAUAGCCUCGGCGCCGAGUCGGAGCCACCGCCCUCCGAGGCCGAGUCGCCGUCCGCCAGCGAGAUUCCCAUUUCCACCUUGACCAUUGGCGCCGACGCAUUGAUCCAGACAGACGACAUCAAGGACCUCGCACCAGCCACCACCUUCAUACCCGUCCCGGCCGCGUUCCACCAGAUGGUCGAGCACACGUCGUGGGGGCCAGAAGACGCCCCGCUGCUGCUGUCGGCCGGCAAGUCGGUCCUGCAGCUGCACAACGUCGCCGCCGCGUCAGAAGCCGGCCGCGAGUGCAGCGUGCAGACAAUGGACCUGCCCAUACCCGUCAGCAACUUUGACAUCACCGCGCUGUGCUGGCAGUCCGAGGGCGAAGUCAUAGUGUCCGCACGCGAGCAGUGUCACAACGAGCUGGGCGAGAAGAUGACCAUGGACAAGCUGAUCAAGGUCGUCGGCGACACGGCAGACGCCAUCUCGUCGACGGCGGGCCUGGUCACGACGCUGCGGUGGAACGCCGGGAGGGAGCUGCUGCUGUCCAUUUCGACAGACGGCGAAAAGGGCUCCAUCAAGAUCUGGAAGAGCGACAGCGACUCGAUACCCGCGUGGACCGACUUCACCGCAACACAAAUCUACGAUGCCUACUGGAUCAGCGACUCUGCCUUUGUCGUCUGCGGGACAGAGCUGUUCAAGAUCUACGACGUGGACGGCGAUUCUCUGACCACUCAACGAACCCUCGACACCCAAGUCACAUGGGAGACGGUCAAGUUCGACCCCUGGUCUGGCAUCAUUGCAGCUCUUGGCAUCCGCGGCCAAGAGUACUACCUCGGCAUCCUCCAUCCCAACGACUCCAUCAACCUCCAAGUCCACGAGUAUCCCGACCGAUACCCCAACGACCUCGAUUUCCGCAUCCACAAAGCGAGCAGCCCAACGACCAACGGCACAUGGCUGCCCUCGACGCUUUUGGCCACGUGCUCGCUAUCGGGCCACGCACGGAUAUGGGAUGCCAAUCGACCCUUUGACUGUGUCCGCCGACUCGACACGACGGACCACAGCCAGGCUUUCAAGACGGCCUUUUCGCCAGACGGUGCCCUCCUGGCAGCCGCUGGGCCAGACGCAGUCACCGUCUGGGACGUUGAGAAGCGCGAGAUACCCGUCGCGAGCUGGCGGGCGAAGGACUUUUCGGCCCUCAAGUGGAAUCCAGGUGCGGACGGCGAGUUCAACCUGGGCUGGGACCACGACAGCUCGAGGAUAUCCAUUGCUCUCGGGAACCAGAUUGCCAUCAUACCCAUCCCCCGGUAGUGCGGGGAGCUACGGUUCGUCACAGCGCACGGCAAGGAACGGAUACGAGGAAUCUGCCGCGCGAAAGGGGUACGCCGCAGAUUGGGCGAGAGGAAGCCAAGGGGCUGAGACGGCUGGUGCGAGCGAGACGGCUGACGAGAGCGAGACGGCUGACGAGAGUGAGACGGCUGACGAGAGUGAGACGGCUGAUGAGAGUGCGACGGCUGAUGAGAGUGCGACGGCUGAUGAGAGUGCGACGGCUGAUGAGAGUGAGACGGCUGACGAGAGUGAGACGGCUGCACAGGUAGACAUGGUCGGUGAGGGAGAAACAGCCGAAGGCAGCGAUACACUCCAAGGGGCAAUACACUCCAAGGGGCGAUACACUCCAAGGGGCGAUACACUCCAAGGGGCAAUACACUCC